ACCACAUGACUCCGCCGUCGGGAGAAACUUUUCCCGUCCCGCGGUCGGAAAAUGGCGGCGUAGGGAGCGGGGCCGUGGCAUCCCGGCGGCUCCCGGCGCCAUGACCCGCUGGGUGCCCACCAAGAGGGAGGAGAAGUACGGCGUAGCUCUCUACAACUACGAUGCCAGGGGACCAGAUGAACUCUCCUUACAGAUUGGGGACACCGUGCACAUCCUGGAAACCUAUGAGGGUUGGUACAGGGGUUAUACAUUACGGAAGAAAUCCAAGAAGGGCAUAUUCCCUGCCUCCUAUAUCCAUCUUAAGGAAGCAAUCGUUGAAGGCAAGGGCCAACAUGAGACUGUGAUUCCCAACGAGCUGCCCCUGAUCCAGGAGGUCACCACCACGCUGAGGGAAUGGUCCAUCAUCUGGAGACAGCUCUACGUGCAGGACAACAGGGAAAUGUUCCGCAGUGUCCGGCACAUGAUUUACGACCUGAUCGAGUGGAGAUCCCAAAUCCUCUCUGGGACCCUGCCCCAGGAUGAGCUCAAGGAGCUGAAAAAGAAAGUGACUGCCAAAAUUGAUUAUGGCAACAGAAUUCUGGAUUUAGAUCUGGUGGUUAGAGAUGAAGAUGGCAACAUUUUGGACCCAGAGCAGACCAGCACCAUCAGCCUUUUCAGAGCACAUGAAAUAGCUUCCAAGCAAGUGGAAGAGAGGCUACAGGAAGAAAAAUCUCAGAAGCAGAAUAUUGAUAUCAACAGACAAGCCAAGUUUGCUGCCACUCCUUCAUUUGCUUUGUUUGUAAAUUUAAAAAACGUCGUGUGUAAAAUAGGAGAAGAUGCUGAAGUCCUGAUGUCUCUGUAUGACCCCCUGGAAUCCAAAUUCAUCAGUGAGAACUACCUGGUGAGGUGGUCGAGCUGUGGCCUCCCCAAGGACAUUGACAGACUGCACAACCUGCGGGCCGUGUUCACCGACCUGGGCAGCAAGGACCUGAAGAGAGAGAAGAUCAGUUUUGUGUGUCAGAUCGUGCGUGUGGGCAGGAUGGAGCUGCGGGACAACAACACCAGGAAGCUCACGUCGGGGCUGCGCCGGCCCUUCGGGGUGGCAGUGAUGGAUGUUACUGACAUCAUUAACGGGAAGGUUGAUGAUGAGGACAAGCAGCACUUCAUCCCCUUCCAGCCGGUGGCAGGGGAGAAUGAUUUCCUGCAGACUGUUAUAAACAAAGUGAUUGCUGCUAAAGAAGUCAACCACAAGGGUCAGGGUCUGUGGGUGACUUUGAAACUUCUUCCAGGAGAUAUCCAUCAGAUUAGGAAAGAGUUUCCACACUUAGUGGACAGGUCAACAGCAGUGGCUCGGAAAAUGGGCUUUCCUGAGAUUAUCAUGCCUGGAGAUGUUCGAAAUGACAUCUAUGUCACCUUGGUGCAGGGAGAUUUUGACAAAGGCAGUAAAACCACAGCAAAGAAUGUGGAAGUCACAGUGUCUGUUUAUGAUGAAGAUGGCAAGAGAUUAGAGAGUGUUAUUUUUCCUGGUGCUGGUGAUGAAGCCAUCUCAGAGUACAAGUCAGUGAUCUAUUACCAAGUAAAGCAGCCUCGUUGGUUUGAGACUGUAAAGGUUGCGAUCCCCAUCGAGGACGUGAACCGCAGCCACCUGAGGUUCACCUUCCGCCACAGAUCCUCCCAGGACUCCAAGGAUAAAUCUGAGAAAAUAUUUGCUCUGGCAUUUGUGAAGCUCAUGAGAUAUGAUGGGACAACUCUGAGGGAUGGAGAGCACGACCUUAUAGUAUACAAGGCAGAGGCCAAGAAGCUGGAGGAUGCCUCGACCUAUCUCAGCCUGCCAUCCACAAAAAUUGAGCUGGAGGAGAAGGGACACUCAGCAACAGGCAAGAGCAUGCAGAACCUUGGGAGCUGCACCAUCAGCAAAGACUCCUUCCAGAUUUCCACCCUGGUCUGUUCAACAAAACUUACCCAGAAUGUUGAUCUCUUGGGACUGCUGAAGUGGAGAUCCAACACGAGCCUGUUGCACCAGAACUUGAAGCAGCUGAUGAAAGUUGAUGGUGGUGAAGUGGUCAAGUUUCUUCAAGAUACACUGGAUGCCCUUUUUAAUAUCAUGAUGGAGAACUCGGAGAGUGAGACCUUUGACACUUUGGUGUUUGAUGCUUUGGUAUUUAUCAUUGGGCUGAUUGCUGACAGAAAAUUCCAGCAUUUCAACCCUGUCUUGGAGACCUACAUCAAGAAGCAUUUCAGUGCUACCUUGGCCUACACAAAACUGACCAAGGUUUUAAAAACAUACGUGGACAAUGCUGAGAAGUGUGGGAUCACUGAUCAACUCUUCAAAGCCAUGAAAGCCCUGGAAUACAUCUUCAAGUUCAUUGUCCGGUCCAGGAUAUUGUUCAACCAGCUGUAUGAGAACAAAGGAGAAGCAGACUUCAGGGAGUCUCUGCUGCAGCUCUUUAAGUCCAUCAACGAGAUGAUGAGCAGCAACUCUGACCAGACUGUCAUAGUGAAGGGUGCAGCACUUAAAUAUUUGCCCGCAAUUGUCAACGAUGUGAAAUUAGUGUUUGAUCCAAAGGAACUCAGCAAGCUCUUCACCGAGUUCAUCCUCAACGUGCCCGUGAGCCGCUUGACCAUCCAGAAGCUCUAUUGUCUCAUCGAGAUCGUGCACAGCGACCUCUUCACCCAGCACGACUGCAGGGAAAUCUUGCUGCCAACAAUGACAGACCAGCUCAAGUAUCACUUGGAGAGACAAGAAGAUUUGGAGGCUUGCUGCCAGUUGCUGAGUAACAUCCUGGAAGUGCUCUACAAGAAGGAUGUGGGCCCCACACAGCGCCAUGUCCAGAUCAUCAUGGAGAACCUGCUGAGGACAGUGAACAGAACUGUGAUUUCCAUGGGACGGGACUCGGAGCUCAUUGGGAGUUUCGUGGCCUGCAUGACAGCCAUCCUGAGGCAAAUGGAGGAUUAUCACUAUGCCCAUUUAAUCAAGACUUUUGGCAAGAUGAGGUCGGAUGUUGUGGAUUUCCUGAUGGAGACAUUCAUCAUGUUCAAGAACCUGAUAGGGAAGAACGUCUACCCCUUCGACUGGGUGAUCAUGAACAUGAUGCAGAACAAAGUCUUCCUGCGAGCAAUUAAUCAGUAUGCAGAUAUGCUAAACAAAAAAUUCCUUGAUCAAGCUAACUUUGAGCUACAGCUCUGGAACAACUAUUUCCACCUGGCUGUUGCUUUUCUCACGCAAGAAUCUUUGCAACUGGAGAAUUUUUCAAGUGCUAAAAGAGCAAAAAUCCUUAACAAGUACGGGGACAUGAGAAGGCAGAUUGGGUUUGAGAUCAGGGACAUGUGGUACAACCUGGGUCAGCAUAAAAUCAAGUUCAUCCCAGAAAUGGUGGGGCCUAUCCUGGAAAUGACCCUGAUCCCAGAAACGGAGCUGCGGAAGGCCACGAUCCCCAUCUUCUUUGACAUGAUGCAGUGUGAAUUCCACUCCACCAGGAGCUUCCAGAGGUUCGAAAACGAGAUCAUCACCAAACUGGAUCAUGAAGUGGAAGGAGGCCGUGGAGAUGAGCAGUACAAAGUAUUAUUUGACAAAAUCCUCCUGGAGCACUGCAGGAAGCACAAAUAUCUGGCCAAGAGCGGGGAGACCUUUGUGAAGCUGGUGGUGAGGCUGAUGGAGAGGCUGCUGGACUACAGGACCAUCAUGCACGACGAGAACAAGGAGAACCGCAUGAGCUGCACCGUCAACGUGCUGAAUUUCUACAAGGAGAUCGAGAGGGAAGAGAUGUACAUAAGGUACCUGUACAAGCUGUGUGACCUGCACAAGGAGUGUGACAACUACACAGAGGCUGCCUACACCUUACUCCUGCACGCAAAGCUCCUCAAGUGGUCAGAAGAAGCGUGUGCAGCACAUCUUACCCAGCGGGAUGGAUACCAGGCUGCUACUCAAGGACAGCUGAAAGAUCAGCUCUAUCAAGAAAUUAUCCAUUACUUUGACAAGGGCAAGAUGUGGGAAGAGGCCAUUGCCUUGGGUAAAGAACUUGCAGAACAGUAUGAAAAUGAAAUGUUUGAUUAUGAACAACUCAGUGAACUGCUGAGAAAACAAGCCCAGUUUUAUGAAAACAUUGUGAAGGUGAUACGACCAAAACCAGAUUAUUUUGCUGUUGGAUACUAUGGCCAGGGAUUCCCAACAUUCAUAAGGCGGCUGCUGACGCAGUUCCCCAACGCCGAGAAGAUGAAGACAACGUCACCCCCUGGAGAUGACAUCAAAACCUCCUCUGGCCAGUAUAUUCAGUGCUUCACUGUAAAGCCCAAAUUGGAUUUACCCUCAAAAUUUCACAGGCCGGUGUCAGAACAAAUUGUGAGUUUCUACAGGGUGAAUGAAGUCCAACGCUUUGAGUAUUCACGUCCUGUUCGAAGAGGAGAGAAAAACCCAGACAACGAAUUUGCAAACAUGUGGAUUGAGAGAACCAUCUAUGUGACAGCCUAUAAAUUACCAGGGAUCCUCAGGUGGUUUGAAGUCAAAUCAGUUUUCAUGGUGGAGAUCAGCCCACUGGAAAAUGCCAUAGAAACCAUGCAGCUGACCAAUGACAAGAUCAACAAUAUGGUGCAGCAGCAUCUGAGCGACCCCAACCUGCCCAUCAACCCCCUGUCCAUGCUGCUCAACGGCAUCGUGGAUCCCGCGGUCAUGGGCGGCUUCGCCAACUACGAGAAGGCUUUUUUUACUGAAAAAUACAUGCUUGAGCAUCCAGAGGAUCAUGACAAGAUUGAGAAGCUGAAGGAUCUGAUUGCUUGGCAGAUCCCAUUCCUGGCCGAGGGCAUCCGGAUCCACGGGGAGAAGGUGACAGAGGCCCUGAGGCCAUUCCACGAGAGGAUGGAGGCGUGUUUCAGGCAGCUGAAGGACAAGGUGGAAAAGCAGUAUGGGGUCCGCGCCAUUUGGUUUGAGACAGUCAUAAAAGCUGCCAGCAUGAUUCUGUUGAGGUUCGUGCUGGAGCCCCUCCUGCCAAAAAAGAUGCAUUCUAGGUCGCAAGAUAAAUUGGACAAGGAUGACCUAGAUAAAGAUAAAAAGGAAAAGAAGAAGGAGAAGAGGAACAGCAAGCAUCAAGAGAUAUUUGAUAAAGAAUUUAAAUCUACUGAUAUUUCUCUGCAGCAGGCUGAAGCAGUGAUCCUUUCAGAAACGAUCAGCCCCCUGAGGCCGCAGAGACCCAAGAGCCAGGUGCUGAACGUGAUGUGCAGCGAGCGGCGAUUCUCCGUGUCCCCGCCCAGCUCCCAGCUGACCCCGCCGCCCAUCACCCCCCGCACCAAGCUCGCCUUCAGCAUCCAGCCCAAUCUGGAGCUGAACGGGAUGUCCAGCUCCGACAUCUCCGACGUUCCCCCUCCUCUGCCCCUCAAAGGAAGCACGGCCGACUACGGGAACCUCAUGGAGAGCCAGGACUUGAUCAGCCCCACCACGUCCCCCCCUGCCCACCAACGGCACCUGCCUCCUCCGCUGCCCAGCAAGACUCCGCCGCCGCCGCCUCCCAAGACGACGCGGAAGCAAACGUCUGUUGACUCUGGGAUUGUCCAGUGAAGGAGGAAGCGGGAUUUUUUCCAAAGAUAAAGCUGUAACAAUUCAUUUCCCUAAGUAUUUUAUGGUCUAUAAUGUUUACCUCAUUCAGGCGUGCAGUAUCUAACAUUUAGUGCAAUGGUAACUCCGUAAGAAAUCCGUUUCUCGCCACGUGUCGGAACCAACACUACAUCCCCCUGGUUUUGGGGUUAUUCCCUCCCAUAACUUGAAAGAAAUCUGGAUUUCUACUUGAGACUGGGAACUCCAGCAACUGACAAAACCCUCUUCCUAAACCUUCUCCCUGCUUCUGGAUAAUGCCAGGCACAGAGCUAAAUGUGGAGAUUAAAAUGAGAGCUGGAAAUGUUGUACCUAAAGAUUUUGGGUACCUCUGGAGCUUCAAAUGAGCAGAGUUUUUGUAGCUAAUCUCAGUGUAUAUAGGAAUCAAUGACAAUAUUCACAUGGAAUUCAGGGCAAGAGGAGGUUUCCCAGUGAGGUGAAGCUGCUGUCGGAUUUCCCUGAAUAACAGGGAUUUCAGCCCCGGGUUAUAAAUCAGACACCACUGUUUUGUGAAAUUGGUGUGUGUUACAAAUAACCUGAUUGCAGUGAGCAAAGUGGGGAUUUGGGGCUGUCUUGGCCACAGUGACCGUGAUGCCAUUGAGUUUAAAACCUCUGGUGAGAGGAGGAAAAGUGCCAGCCAAACCUCCCCUCUGACCAUGAGGCUGCUCAGGGAAUUUGUAAGGUCCCCUGGGAAAAUGUUCUUGCAGGUGCUGGGGUCCAUCAGUGCUGGUCCCUUUCUAAACAUCACCUCCCAAGGGCACAGGAGCAGCAAUUCCCAAAUGUUGGAAUUCAAGCAGAGCUGGCUGGGCUGAACAGGGAUCUCCUCUUGGAUAUCACGUGGAAAAGGAAGGUGUGUGCCAGUGGAAGCAAGGUCAGGGGGCACAGGAACAACACAGAGGUGCAGCUCCCCGCUGUAGGGAGAAAAUUCCUGUGGUCAAAGCUCAGCUGGAGUUGGAGUUGAACUGUCAGGAACCAAAAAAAAGAGUUUUUUUCAAACUUAUCAAUGGCAAAAGGCUGUGUAAAAAUAUAAUCAGCCCAUUCUAGGGUGGGGAUGGGCACCUCACAAACAGGACAGGGACAAGGCAGGCGUGUUUAGCACAUCCUUUGUCUGUCCUCAGUGUGGGAUCCAAGAGGGUCCCAGUGCCCUGAGCUGGAGGGCCACGACUGUGACAGUGCUCAGCUCCCAGUCAGCCUGAACCUGCAGGACCUGCAGCCCCAGCUGAAUCCCUGCACAUCUAUGGGCCCUGAUGGGAUUUACCAGAAUCCUCAAAGAGCUGCUGAUGUCAUCACAAAACCCCUCUUGAUGAUUUUUGAAUGGUCUGGGGAAUCCAGAGAGGUCCCAGCUGACUGGAAGCUGGGGAAUGUUGUCCUGGUUUUCAAGAAGGACAAGAAGGAGGACCCUGAAAACUACAGGCCCAGUAAAAUCAUGGAGAAGAUUAUUCUGGGACACCUGGAAAACACCUGGAGGACAAUGCAGUCAUUGGUCACAGCCAGCACGGCUCCAUGAGGGGAAAGUCCUGCUUGUGACCCCAAAUUCCUCCUACAGCAGGGUCACCCAGCUGGCUGAUCCAGGAAAGCCAGGAGAUGGAAUCUUUUUGGACUUCUGCAAAGCUUUUGAUAGCGUCUCCCACGGAUCCUUCUGGACAAAAUGUCCAUCCUACAGCUGGAGAAACACAUCUCAGGAUGGGUGAGCAGUGGCUCAGGGGUGGGGCAGAAAGGGUGACAGUGGCUGGGGUGACACCAGGCUGGCACCAGUCCCACUGUAAAUAAGACAUUAAAGUGUUGGAAAGUGUCCAAAGGAGGCACAAGGAUGGGGAAGAGCCAGGCUGGAGGAGAGGAGACUGAGGGGAGAGCUUGGUGGGUCAGCAGCAUCCUCUGAGGGAACUGCAGGGGCAGGAACUGAACUCUUCAUUGGCACAGUCAGGGACAGGACCCAGGGAACAGCCAGGGCAGGGUGAGCUUGGAUUUAGGGAAAGGUUCUUCCCCAGAGGGUGCUGGCACUGCCCAGGCUCU